AUGGCGUGUACGUAUCUGCUGGUCAUUGUGGCCUUCUUUAUGGCUUUUAUAGCGUUGUGUUAUGCCAAUGUUCCACAUUUCGUCCUGCCAGUCCAUACUGACGUACAGCAAUCGGGACAAAAACUGCAGCAAGCCUUCCAAGACGCUGUGAUGUUGGCCCGAGUGGCUGCAGUCACAUUCGAUCCCUGCGAGGAAGUGUUCCUGCGCUACUUCACUGCAGAAGAAGCCGACUUUGUCAAGCACGCUUUCCGCACCAUGGCCAACAUUCCUCUCGACCAGGUGAUUGAUGAAAAGACCAUCUUUGGCUUUCUUGCCAAUCCUACAGCAGCGCAAAAUCUACCGCCCAAGUUCGCAGACCUAGACAUUGCCUGGGACGAUCACCCAGAUGUACCGGAGAUGGAUAGACUCUGUGGUCAUGUCUCAGAAAGUGGUUCCAUGCUUGACGCCUACACCUACCUGGACGUUGACGAAUUGGAAAUCAGCGACCAAGCCAGCCAGAUCGCGUUAGUCUCGCUGUGUGAGGAGCUCUUCCAGUUCCCUUCGCUCCAGGAAAUCGAAGAUCCGCCGUAUGUACCAUGGGCGAGAGAUGGCCAGGGACGUCCACUGCCCGGGUUCACGUGUGACGGAUUGGGCGCCACCGAUAGCGACUGGAUGGCUUCUCCGGGCGCCACUCUUCUGCAUGAACUCAUGCACUGGAGUUAUCUGCUGGAAGACAUGCCGGGGUUUUCAGAGUUGAUCGACAAAGAUGAGGCUGGACUCCCUCAAAUACGCGACCACUCCGAUCUCAGUUCAGAUCCACCUGAUGGGAUGGGCGCUUUUCAUGCCAAGUUGCUCAAAGAUCGUGGACCGUUUGCGGCUAUCCAGAAUGCCGACAAUUAUCGCUGGUAUACGCUGUCGAAGUACUGGUCGUGGAAGUGCGGCAGAGGCUUUGCGGAAGCGAUGAGUGACCAGGACGUCUAUAAGAGGGGUCCCAAGGUUGUCCUGGGCGAGCCGGAAGCUGCUGGGGAACAGACCGGUGGGCAAUGGUAG